CUCACCUUGGCUUGUUCUAUGCGCAUGUGUGCUAGAGGCGGUUGAUCUCAACAUCCAGGUCUACCGAGUUCAGCAUAACCGCGCACAAUAUCGCUCGAAUAUUCUGAGUGGCUUGCGUCUUGACCAAGUCUCAGUAAGUUGCUUACGAUUCGAGGCCCUUCCGAAUACCGCGAACACCUACCACGCGCUGCUAUCAACUGUGUCAAUCGCAUUAUGAAGGAAGCGUCGCUGACUGAGCCGCUUGCUGAGUGCUGACUGAGCCCCAGCGACUGGGACACUGCAACACAGUUCCUGUUGAGAUGGCCACUUCAGAGACAGACGUCAUCAUUCUCUAUGACAUUCCAAGCACAGUCCCAGGCAAUGCCUGGUCAGCUAACACCUGGAAAACUCGUUUCGCGCUGAACUACAAGGGCAUCCCCUACCGUACCCAAUGGGUCGAAUACCCCGACAUCGCACCCCUGCUCACCUCGCUCGGAGUGUCGCCUAACACGCCCUCGACUUGGACGUUCCCCUACACCCUCCCUGCGAUCUACGACCCACGCACCCGCACGGUCCUCAUGGACUCAAUCAAGAUCGCCCGCUACCUCGACGAGACUUACCCCGACACUCCCGCUGUACUGCCCUCCGAGACGCGCGUCCUCCAGCACGCCUUCCAGCCCUCGCUCUUCAGCACCGUGCACGAGAAGCUCGUCCCGCUCGUCCUCGCCCCCUGCAUCGAGAAGCUGAACCCGCCUAGCGCACUGUACUUCCGCGAGACGCGCGAGGUCCUCUUGGGGUGCAAGGUCGAGGCAAUCAGCCCGCCCGAGAAGCGCGCGGAGCAGUGGGCUGCGCUCGAGAAGGGCUUCAGCGUCCUAGCGUCGUGGUUCGAAGCUGCCGGGGACGGCAGGCUGUUGCUCAGCGGCGGGGGUCCGGCUGGGGACGCAAGUCGCGUUAGCCAUGCGGAUAUCAGCAUCGCUGGUAUUCUGAUUUGGGUGCGCAUCAUACUCGAAGAGGAAAGCGAGGAAUGGCGGCGCAUCGAGAGCUUUGAUGGAGGACGCUGGAAACGUUACUUGGGAUUCUUCGAGCAAUGGGCGGAUAUCAGUCGCUAAAUGCCCAGGCAACUGUGUCGAUGGAGAACAUGUGUACUUGCGGCCUCAGAGCUGCGAAUGAAUAUCCCGGUAUGUAUCACUGCCUGUGUAGUUCCUCACGCACGUAUCGAAGCAUGUGGACUGUUAUUGAGUGUGGUCGGAGGGCUCGAACUCCCGCAUCGCACUGGAAAGAUUGUACAGCAGCUUGUUCACAGUC